AAUUGCAAAAAUAUAACCUGACUUGUUAGCAAAUAAAUAUUGAUAAAUAUUUACAAUAAUAAUCUGCAAAUUGUAUCAAUAAUAUUUAAAAUUAUAAAUGUGUAUAUUUGGAUAAAAUUAUAAUUGAAAUUGUAUUGAUUUAACAACACAGUCAAAUAUUAAUGUGUGUGUGAUUUAAUAUUUUAUUUUUUAUUAUCAACAACAACAACAACAACAACAAUAACGCAUGUACAAUUUAAAUUUCAAUUGUUUUUAAUUUUAUCAUAUAUUCAGUGAAUAAUCAACUAUUAUUUGCAUAAUUUUAUGUCAAAAUAAUAUAAAAAAUAUAAACAACUACCUACAUUGAUUAUAAUUAUAUAAUACUUGUUGUUAUGAAUAAAAAUAAAUAACAAACAAUGCCAGGUAAAAAAAAUAAUUGAAAAAAAAAAAAAUACAUUUAGCAUUAAUUGAUAAAUAAUAUAGAAUUAAAUAAAAAACAAUAUGAAUUCAAUAAAUACUAGUGAUAUAAAUUAUCAUCAUUUAUCCAAUGAUAAUUGUGAUGAUGAUGAUGGUGAUGGUGGUGAUGAUGACGAAGAUGAGGAUGAUGAUGGAUAUUUGGAUAAACAAAAUAAUAAUUUGUCAAUUAUUAAUAAAAAAUUACAUUUAAAUUAUGAUGAUUCAAUUCUUGAUGAUUUGGAUAAUGAAAAAUUGCUCAAUACUUGCAAUGAAAAAGAUGAAUAUUUAUUGUCGGAAUUUCAAUUGGAUCAAUUGGAUCAAUUGGAUGAUUCUGAUAUGGAAUUAUCUGCAGCUGUUAAUGAUAUGGUUGUUGCCGGUGAAUUAUUACCAUCAACAACUUGUCAACCAAUACAUGAUGAUGAUGAUGUAUUGUCAAAUAUACAAAUACAUAAUAAUAAUAAUAAUAGUAUAUUUAAUAAUUUUACUGAUGAUUCAUUAAAUCAUUAUGAUGAAUUUGAUGUUAAUAAUAAACAACAACAACAACAACUAUUAUCAUCAUUAUCAAUAAUUCAAGAUAGAAAUGAUGAUGAUGAUGAUGAUUAUAAUAAAACUAAAAAUAAACAAUCAAAAAUUUUAAUAAAUAAUAAUAAUAAUAAUAAAGAAUUAAAUGAUGAUAUAAUGGCAGUUGUUGCAAUAUCAACUGAUAAAAUAUCAAAUAUGACACAAAUUGUUAUAAAUACUGGAAAAGAAGAACAAAUAUAUCAAGGUAAAACAUCUGAAUUAAUGGAAGCAACUGGUUAUUAUAAAAAAACAUCAUCAUCAUCAUCAUCAUCAUCAUCAACAACAUCAACAUCAUCAGGAUCAAGCUGUUUAUCACAAUCGAAAAAAAAAAAAAUUGAUUAUCGAAAUGAAAAUAAUGAUAAUAAUAAUAUUAAUAUUAAUAAUCAAGAAAUAAAAAUAAAUAAAGCACUUGAAGAACUAGGAUAUACUGAAGAUAAUUUACAACAACAAUUUAAUAAAAAUAAUAUUUUUGGAUCAAAUAAAAAUACAAACACAUGGAUGUGUCCAAGAAUUGAUUGUAAUCGUGAAUUUAAUCGUAUAUGGACAUUAAAAAGUCAUUUACUUGCUCAUCAUGGAAUACGUCCAUUCAAGUGUGAUUAUGAUGGUUGCAGUUGGGCAUUUUAUUCUGAUUUUAAAUUAAAACGUCACAAAGAAACUCAUUUAAAAAAAAAAGAUUUUGCAUGUAAAGCUGAUGGUUGUAAUAGACGUUUUACAACAAUAUAUAAUUUAUAUACACAUGAAAAACUUCAUGAAAGACCAAAUCAUAUAUCAUGCAAUGUAUCAACUUGCAAUGAAAUGUUUCAAACAAAACGUGCACUUGAAUUACAUAUGAAAACACAUGAUGGUAUAUAUGCACCAUUUAUUUGUACAUAUAAUAAUUGUAAUAAACGUUAUUACACAAGUAAUGCAUUAACAUCACAUCAAAGAUGUCAUAAUUAUAAAGAAUCAGAUGUUAAAUGUAAUUGGCCUGGUUGUAAUAAAGUAUUUGAUAUACCAUGUAGAUUAAAAGCACAUUUACGUACACAUACUGGUACAAAACCAUACACGUGUAUUUAUCCUGGUUGUCAAUGGGCAUUUACAUCAUCAAGUAAACUCAAAAGACAUGAAAAAAAACAUACAAAUGAACGUAAAUUUAUAUGUGAUGUUGAUGGUUGUGCUAAAGCAUUUAUGAGAUCUGAACAUUUAAGAGAACACAAAUUAACACACAAAGAUGGAAGAUAUUUUCAAUGUACAAAUAAUUCUUGUGAUGCAACAUUUUCAGCUAAAAGUAGUCUAUAUGUACACAUGAAAAAACAUCACAACAACAACAACAACAACAACAAUUGUUAUUGUAAUAAUGAAAAAAAUAUACAAACAAAUGACAAUCAUUUGUGCAAUCAUCAUUUAAAUAAUAAUGCUAAUGUUGUGAAAAUAUCAUCAUCAUCAUCAUCAUUAAAUUCAUUUGACAAUGUUAGUAAUGUUGAUAAUGUUGGUAAUGUUGGUAAUGAUGAUGUUUGUCAUUCAUCAAUUAAACGUAAAUAUGAAGGCUGUGCAAGAACAAAUCUUACGUCUUUGGAUGUUUGGAAAUUGAAAAAAAAAAUAACAACAACUUUAAAUACAAUUGGUCCAUUGGAUGAUGUUGAUCUUGGAAGCAGUGCCAGUGAUGAUGGAGCUAAUUAAUGGUACUAAUGAAUCUCAAAUUUUGUAUCUUGAUUCAUCAUCAACAUCAGAGACAACAAUACUUGAUUAAAACAACAAGG